AUGGUGCGGAAGCAUGGAGACCUGAAAGGCGACAAGGAGCUGGACGAGGCGGCGUGGGUGGCGGGUCGUGGCGCUGUUAUAGGUGCUUUGAAGUGGGGACUCUUCUCCGCCGCAGCAGGUGGUCUGGGGUUUGCUCUGAGUCCGUUAUAUCGCGGGUUGACGUUUCAAUUCAAGGUCUUCCUGCAAAUGUCCGGCAUGACUCUGGGCAGCAUGAUCGAAGCCGACAAACGACUACGAGAACAUGAAGUAGUCGUCCGCCGACAAAAAGUCAUGCGGAGGGAUGCAGAGGUGUGGAAGCGGUAUGAAGCCGAGUUCCUCGAUAAGGAAGUCGAUCAACGUGUAGGGAAGGGAUCGAAGUGA